AUGUACAUCUUGACCACAAGAAAAUGGCUAAUGGCUAAUAUGAUUACCAAGUCUCAGUUAAAAAGAAAACAUCAACACAAGACAUCACCACAAAACACAUCUCCUGAAAACAUCAACAUAAAACAUCCUCAGAAAACAUCACCACAAGACAUCACCAGAAAACACAUCUCCAGAAGACAUCACCACAAAACAUAUAUCCAGAAGACAUCACCACAAAACACAUCUCCAGAAGACAUCUCCAGAAGACAUCACCACAAAACACAUCCCCAGAAGACAUCACCACAAAACACAUCUCCAGAAGACAUCAACACAAAACAUCACCAGAAAACACAUUUCCAGAAAACAUCACCACAAGACAUCACCAAAAAACACAUCUCCACAAGACAUCACCAAAAAACACAUCUCCACAAGACAUCACCACAAAACACAUCUCCACAAGACAUCACCACAAAACACAUCUCCACAAGACAUCACCACAAAACACAUCUCCAGAAGACAUCACCACAAAACAUAUAUCCAGAAGACAUCACCACAAAACACAUCUCCAGAAGACAUCUCCAGAAAACAUCACCACAAAACACAUCUUCAGAAGACAUCACCACAAAACACAUCUCCAGAAAACAUCAACACAAGACAUCACCACAAAACACAUCUCCUGAAAACAUCAACAUAAAACAUCCUCAGAAAACAUCACCACAAGACAUCACCAGAAAACACAUCUCCAGAAGACAUCACCACAAAACAUAUAUCCAGAAGACAUCACCACAAAACACAUCUCCAGAAGACAUCUCCAGAAGACAUCACCACAAAACACAUCCCCAGAAGACAUCACCACAAAACACAUCUCCAGAAGACAUCAACACAAAACAUCACCAGAAAACACAUUUCCAGAAAACAUCACCACAAGACAUCACCAAAAAACACAUCUCCACAAGACAUCACCAAAAAACACAUCUCCACAAGACAUCACCACAAAACACAUCUCCACAAGACAUCACCACAAAACACAUCUCCACAAGACAUCACCACAAAACACAUCUCCAGAAGACAUCACCACAAAACAUAUAUCCAGAAGACAUCACCACAAAACACAUCUCCAGAAGACAUCUCCAGAAAACAUCACCACAAAACACAUCUUCAGAAGACAUCACCACAAAACACAUGUCCAGAAGACAUCAACACAAAACAUCACCAGAAAACACAUUUCCAGAAAACAUCACCACAAGACAUCACCAAAAAACACAUUUCCACAAGACAUCACCAAAAAACACAUCUCCACAAGACAUCACCAAAAAACACAUCUCCACAAGACAUCACCAAAAAACACAUCUCCGGAAGACAUCACCACAAAACACAUCUCCACAAGACAUCACCACAAAACACAUCUCCAGAAGACAUCACCACAAAACACUUCUCCGGAAGACAUCACCACAAAACACAUCGCCAUAA